GAGCAGUUGACUGCCGUCGUGUGUCUUUGAGCAGGGAGGAAGUAGCAAGGAAGUCACGGUACCCCGAAUUAAUAACACCCCGUCUGGAGCAGAGACAUGGCUUCAAAUAAUAGCUCGGCUGGCAAAUGGGAGGUAGUGAAGAAAGGGAAGAAAAACAACAGCUCAGGAGGAGGGAAGAACCCGACUGACAAGAAAACUGGCAGCGGGGGAAGGAAAGCCCUGGGCGAAUCUAACCAGCCAUCCAGACCACCCCUGAAGAUGUCAGAGACUCUGUUUGACGGCUUUGAGAAGAUGGGAAAGAAACAGAACAAGGAACAGGUUCCCCCGCCGGCCGAUCCUGAAAAUAAGAAGCCCUCGUCAAGUAAACCAUCCAAGAAAUCACACUCCAGCAAUACAGUUGCCCCUGCAACUCACAAGACCCUCGAGGAAGCCUUCAGAGCCUUGGAUGUUGGGGACCUGAAGCAGCAGUUGGCUCGCAGUCAGACCUUGUUUCCAGAAAACCCAUCAGUGUGGGUCAAAGACCUGGCAGGAUACCUCAACCUCAAACUGACUGCACCAGAGACCGAGCCCACAAUGAGCAGCUAUGCUCACGACUACCCAUACUGCCUUAUAGGAAAAGAGCUGAAGGGUGUGAUCAAAGGCCUCAUCGGACGCUGCAGUGACGUUCUGCCAGAUUUCUUUGACCACUGUGUUUAUACUAUGCUCAGGGAGCUGGACAGACAGUCAGGAGAACCUCUGCAUGGCUACAGAGUUUGCAUUCAGACAAUCCUACAGGACAAACCCAAAAUAGCCACCCAAAACCUGCCAGAGUAUUUGGAGUUAUUGCGGUCAGUUCAAAAUCGUCCAGUCAAGUGUUUGACCAUCAUGUGGGCUCUUGGCCAAGCUGGAUUUUAUGACCUGAGCCAGGGAUUAAGAGUGUGGCUGGGUAUCAUGCUUCCUGUGCUCGGAGUGAAGUCAUUGUCUUCUUAUGCCAUUGCAUAUCUGGAGAGACUUCUCCUACUUCAUGCAAACCUGACAAAGGGAUUUGGCAUCAUGGGCCCUAAAGAGUUCUUUCCUUUACUGGAUUUUGCCUUCAUGCCCAAGAAUGCCCUGUCAUCAAGUCUGCAGGAGCAGCUGAGGCGUCUAUACCCUCGACUGAAGGUCCUUGCAUUUGGAGCCAAACCCGAGAGCACAUUACACACAUACCUGCCGUCAUUUCUGUCCAGAGCCACACCACACUGUCCAGAUGACAUGAAGAGAGAGCUGCUCAGCAGUAUGACGGAGUGUUUGUGUGUGGAUGUGCAAAGUCUAGGAGUGUGGAGGCAGCUCUAUACCAAACACUUACCCCAGUCCAGUCUGCUGUUGAACCAUUUAUUGAAGUCCUGGAAUAUCCUGCCACCAAAGCUCCGGAAGAACCUUGAAGAAACAAUCCAGUCUUUCAGAGUGACCAAUGAGGAGAUGAGAGACAAUGUUGAAUCUCAGGACCUUCAGGAGUGCAAUAGCCUGUGCCAGAAUCUGCAGGUAAAGAUGCGUGGUCGUGGCUUCCCCUGGUUCAAGCUGCUCAUGGUUCUGCUUGUGUUUGUUGCCGGCUUCAUCGCUCAUGACAUCAGAUCCCACGGCUCCUUCACAGAUUCCACCACAGCCAGGCAUCUUCGCAACUCUGGGGUCACAGCUGUAUCUCAGCAGGCCUGGAGCAAAAUAACAGUCUACACCAAACAGGGCUUCAGCUGGUUGGAGACAAACACUCCUCAUUAUUACUCUGAGUGUGUGCGGGUUAUGGGGCCACUAAUGGAACAAGGUUUGGAAAAGGCAAAAACAGCAGCCAUCUUCGUCUCUGAAAACACCACACAGUUUAUUCUCUGGGUGAAAGAAAAGACACCCCAGGCCAUAGAAUGGGUGAACACCAACACUCCAGACAGUGUGUUCCAGGUAUUAGCAUAUUUAAAGGAGCUCCUACUCUUCCUCCAUCAGAACUACAUUCUGCCAGCACUGGCGUGCAUUUCUGACCUGCUACAACGAGCAUGGACCAACCUACAGGACUCCUGCAACGGUGAGGUGUCCGUGUCCUGUCUGCAGGGCCAUGCUUUGUCCUUCACCAACUCGACGUGGCAGCUGCUCCAACACACAACCUCAGCAAUCAAGACGUGGGCUCAGGAGCUGCUGACACGGGCAUGAUAACAUCGCAGAUGCUGACUAAUUUACACACACACAGUAUACACACACAGAGUCAUUUACCCACACACACUGACCCAAUCUGUGGCUGCCUUUCGGUGCGUUGACUCCCCUCUCAAGCCGUGAUUGGACACUGUGGGGAUUAGACAUACAAAUGCUCACUCAAAAGGACCCUUCUAUCUCUUGUUUUGGCUAAAUUUUUAAAUCAGUUUGCUGUUGUAUAGAUGUUUUUUUCUACCAAUCCUUUGUCACUGCUGGAUGCAGAGGUCGUAUCUCUCUCUCUAUCCCUGUUUUCUAUUGCAAAUUUCAGCUGUUGCUUUAACCUUUGGAUUAAACAAAUUGUGUAAUUUAUAGAAAAUGUAGGUUUGUAGAUGAUUUAUAAACCAUUUUUAUUUAAAAUACAGAAAAAAGUGUUAUGUGAAAACAGGGAAGCAGGGAAAAGACCAAAACACAUAUUCCAGACUUCCCCAAGCCACUGAAGACCUUAUCAGUUAACUUGAGGACCACUUUAUCUCUCACAUUUGGUUCAGCUUGCUAUGAAGUCGGAUCAGAUGCAGUAUGGUUGUGUGUGUGUGUGUGUGUGUGUGUGUGUGUGUGUGUGUCAGGCUCAGUAAAGCCUUCAUCAGACCCUAGAUGCUGUCCAGUGGGCAGCUCACAAUAUAAAGCCUUCAACAUUAAAGAUAGUGCAGGGAAAGGGUCACAUCUGCCGGUGGAUUGGCUCCUUAAGAAGAUUUUAAGUGGACAGAAUAUACGUCUCACAUCAGUCCAAAAGGUCCAGAAGAACAAGAACUCUACCUGCUGUGUUGUUUGUCCUGCAUAUCUCCUCGUCUUGUCUUUGCUGCUUCAUCAUCUGUCUGCUGUCUCAUGUGCGCUUUCGUUUGCCAUCAGUAGCUCAACACCUGAGCUGAAAGCAGCAAUGUGGUUGUUUCUGAGCAGCUGAUUCACUAACCCUUCCCGAUAAACAGGAUGUUUGGAUGGACACGGCAAUGACUAAUGUCUUACUUUGUAAUGUAAAUGAUUUAUAAUAAAGGCUUCAAUCCCA